AUGCCAUCCUCACUCUCUCUCCCGUCUUUCUCUCUCCUCCGCUCCAAUCCACUCAGCCACCGCCGGACCACCACUCUCAGCCCCAAGUACCCGCGCAAUUCCCACUUAUUAAUCAUCAAAACCUCGCUGGAAAAACCCCCACCACCGCCCUCCACCAAGCCAAGCUCGUGGGUGAGUCCAGACUGGCUAACUAGCCUGACCAGGUCUCUUACUUUAGGCCAAAACGACGAUUCAAAUAUACCCAUUGCCAAUGCGAAGCUGGAGGACGUGUCGGACCUUCUGGGCGGCGCUCUUUUCCUCCCACUGUUCAAAUGGAUGAAUGAGUACGGGCCUGCCUACCGCCUCGCGGCGGGCCCCAGGAACUUUGUGAUCGUCAGUGACCCAGCGAUUGCAAAGCAUGUGUUGAAGAAUUAUGGGAAGUAUGCAAAAGGGCUUGUUGCUGAGGUGUCUGAGUUCUUGUUUGGGUCUGGCUUUGCCAUUGCUGAAGGCCCCCUUUGGAUGGCAAGGCGUAGGGCUGUGGUUCCAUCACUCCACAAGAAGUACUUGUCAGUAAUUGUUGAGAGGGUCUUUUGCAGAUGUGCUGAGAGACUGGUGGAGAAACUCACACCUUAUGCUCUCAAUGGCUCUGCAGUAAACAUGGAGGAAAAGUUUUCUCAACUAACACUCGAUGUAAUUGGUUUAGCUGUUUUCAAUUACAACUUUGAUUCCCUCGGGACUGAUAGUCCAGUGAUAGAAGCAGUUUACACUGCACUGAAAGAAGCGGAGUUGCGAUCAACUGAUCUGUUGCCAUAUUGGAAGAUUAAGGCAUUGUGUAAAAUAGUUCCACGACAAGUAAAGGCUGAGAAGGCAGUUAUUUUAAUCAGACAAACAGUUGAAGAGCUCGUUGCAAAGUGCAAAGAGAUGGUGGAAGCUGAGGGUGAGAGUAUAACUAACGAGGAGUAUGUGAAUGAUACUGAUCCAAGCGUCCUUAGAUUUUUACUUGCUAGCAGGGAGGAGGUUGCCAUAGUUUCUAUAUUCGCUCUUCUCCUGGAAAUUGAACUGGACCUUUUGAGGUUCUAUAGCUCUAUCUGCAACUUGAAUUGGGUUUCAAGUGCACAGCUUCGUGAUGACCUUUUAUCUAUGCUUGUCGCGGGGCAUGAAACCACUGGUUCAGUAUUGACUUGGACAUCAUACCUACUGAGUAAGAACCCUUCCGCUUUGAGAAAAGCACAAGAAGAAGUCGACAAAGUAUUAGGGGGAAGAAAUCCUACCUAUGAAGACAUAAAGAAUCUCAAGUUCGUGACACGGUGCAUAACUGAGUCUCUUCGACUAUAUCCACACCCUCCUGUCCUGCUACGAAGAGCUCAAGAAGCUGAUGUCUUGCCCGGUGGUUAUAAAGUAAAUGCUGGUCAAGAUAUAAUGAUUUCAGUGUAUAAUAUUCAUCAUUCUGCAAAGGUCUGGGAAAGAGCUGAAGAUUUCCUACCGGAAAGAUUUGGCUUGGAAGAUCCAAUUCCUAAUGAGACAAAUACUGAUUUUAGAUUCAUCCCCUUCAGUGGAGGGCCUCGUAAAUGUGUUGGUGAUCAGUUUGCUUUACUCGAAGCUAUUGUUGCUCUGGCAAUAUUUCUGCAGAACUUAAACUUCGAGUUGGUUCCAGAUCAGAAAAUUGGGUUUGUACAUGAAAGUGACUGA